GGCCAGACUCUAUCUAAUGAGCCCAUAUUAAAAGCCCACAGACCACGGCGGGAGAAAUCAGUACUCAGCAGUCAGCACAGCAGCUUCACUCAGCGAGACGAGCUCAGAAGUCAGAAGUCAGAACUCUGCAAUCAAAGUUACUUACGAACAUGGAGAAGUCACUGGCGACGCUUGAUAACGGCACGACAUGCUCCUCCUGGAACUACUCCGGACAGCGGUUGGCCACCGGCUCUGUCGACGGGACGCUUUCCAUCUUCGAUUCCGGCGACCCUGCUUCCACCUCCUUCAAAUGCACCUCUAAAGCUAGGGUUAGUGAGAGUGGUGUUGUGAAGCUAGUAUGGAUUCCGCCGGUAAUUGGCGAUGCAGUGGCUUGCAUUGACGGGAACGGAAGCUUGUCUCUGUGGGAAGAGUUGGCUGAAGAUGCUCAAGCUGUUGAUUGGAAGCACUGCAAAAGCUUCCAGAGCAACUCUGCAAAAAUGUUGGACGUUCAAUUUGGAGUUUUCCGGACAAUUUUAAAGAUGGUUGUGGCAUAUUCGCAUGGUCAAGUGAAAGUUUACGAGCUCUCAAAUUCAUUAGAGUUGAAGAACUGGCAGCUUCAGGCUGAGUUCCAGAAUUUGACUGAUUCAGUAGCUAAAUUGGCCGAGGCUACAUGCUUCUCUGCUUCCAUCUCUUGGAAUCCACAAAGGGGUGAUGGCCAGGAGUUAAGCUUUGUAUUGGGCUUCAAUUCGGAUACACCACAGCUCAACUCCUCCAAGGUGUGGGAGUUCGAUCUAGACCACCAACGAUGGGUCCCGGUGGCCGAGCUGGCUUUACCUGAAGACAGAAAAGAUCAGGUUUUCUCCGUUGCAUGGGCACCAAACAUUGGCAGGCCAUAUGAGGUCAUUGCUGUUGCUACUCACAAGGGAAUUGCCAUAUGGCACCUGGGAUCCAACCCCGACGUCCAAGGCAGACUCGCAGUUGAGAGGGUUGCAUUACUCUCUGGCCACGAGGCAGAGGUUUGGCAAAUGGAAUGGGAUAUGAGUGGGAUGACUCUAGCAACCACAGGGAGUGAUGGAAUGGUGAGACUAUGGCAGUCCAACUUGAACGGCGUCUGGCAUGAACAAGCCGCAUUUGAGCCCACUACCUAGCUCCUGCCUCUUGGCAUCAUCUGCACUAUAUAUUCCUUUUUGGAGUCCUAGCCUGCUCUAUCUUCUCUCACAGGCUUUUGAAUGGGUCAUUGCUCUGAAACAUGAACAUUCCUUUUGUAUAUUGGUGCUUACCAUUAAAAAGGAAGAAAGACGGCUUAGUUGGUAUCUCCCAUAGAAGUGUCUUUUUUUUUUUACAUUGUUUGACCCUUUCAAUCGCGGGAAAAAGUCUUCAUCUUGUCUUUUACAUUGCUUAUUACCAGGUAAAAUUAGUUGAAGAGUGGCUUCAGCUAGGAGAAUGUUUUCAACGACAAAAUGUUGAAGCCGACUCUCGGCUGAAAGAACGACACUAGGUAGUUCUCUAGUGUUUGUAUCUUUCGCGUUCAGAAACUGCUAAACUAGUAAACAGAACGCAAGGUUACGGUUCCAGUUCUGGUUUGAUCACAUAGCUCUUCCUAACUUCUGAUUUGUAUAUUUUAAAUUCCAUCGUAGAAUAAUUUGAAUCUCA